AUGAGCAGUAACGCUUCGAAUAGGUGUUACAAAUGUAACGAGAAGGGACAUCUUGCUAGAAAUUGCCCGACUCAAGUACAGGACGUUGGUCGACGAGGAGUUGGAGAUUGCUUUAACUGUGGGCAAGCGGGACAUUUUGCACGAGAAUGCCCAAGCCAGCGUGGGGGUGGCCGUUAUUAUGGUGGACGUGGUGGACGUGGAGGUCAUCGAAGUGAAUGCUACCAGUGUGGUGGCAUUGGGCAUUUUGCUCGAGAAUGUCCAACCGAUCGUCGUAUGAAUGGAGGCGAGAAUCAGAAAUGUUAUAAUUGUGGAAGAUUUGGACACAUAUCUCGCGACUGCCCUGAUUCUGGAUCGGAACAUUCUAAACGUUGCUACAAUUGCCAGCAGAUUGGACAUAUUAGUCGUGAAUGUCCGCGUAGUGAUCGCGAUGAUUAA